AUGGCCCUGGCAGCCGCCAUCGGUUUAAGUCUGGCGUGUGCCGUGUACCAGUGUUGUGCAAAGCCCAUCCUGGACGAGCAGGAUUUCAAGAAUAAGAAGAGGAAAAUGGAAGCCCGGAAGGCCGCGGGUAAGAAGAACUGCAUGCAGCUGGCAGGCUGUUCUGGCAAUUUUCAGAGCCACAUGCAGUUGCCAGCCUCGGUGGUGCUUUCCGGUAACAAGCUUUGGAGGUUCCCAAGCUUCUUCUUAUCAACCGUGGGCCCACAGCAACUUGCAGUGCCGGUGUUGCGCAUCCGAGUCCAGUUGCCAAAGGCAAUCGACGGCUGUUGGCGACGGCCUUUUCGCCAAAUGACCUUCAACGAGGACUCAAGUGUGGAACUCCCAGAACUUCAGCAAGAGGUGCGACUGAUUCAAAACGAUGCGAAUCGACUCCGCGCAGAACUUCAAGAGCUGGCAUGCUUCGCGGGCAUCGGCAUGAAGUUCCAGGAGGCACGGAGUCAGGCCCUUGUGCGGGUGUCGUUGGCUGGAAAUGGCCUUCAGUACACGGUCGAUGGACUUUGGCGGCCACCCUUUCAGCAGCUAGAGUUUCGUGAUGACGACCUGGUGAUGUUCCCAGAGAUCCACCACACUGCUCAGCUGCCAAAGUCUGAAAGCUCAUCAAUUCGGUCCAUGCUCCAGGUGCUGGCAGCAGAGGUUGGUUUCGGGGUCUCUUUCGUGGAGGCCAGGGGCAAAGGGUGCGUGCGAAUGACGCUAGCCAGCCAUGGCCGAUUGCAGUACACAGUUGACGGAGCUUGUCGGCCGCCUUUCUUCAAGAUGCAUUUUGAGGACUCUUUUGUGCACUUUCCGGAGCUGGGGACGACGGCCAAGCUGCCCGAAGCGUCAGCCGAGCUGAGGGCGCAGCUUCAAGAUCUGGCCGUGGCGGCAUCAGCCGGCGUGCAGUUCAAAGACGACGCCGCAAGGCCCGCAAGGCGUGUUGUCCGGAUCAUCUGUGCAGAUGACCGGCUUCUGCAAUGCUCUGUGGAUGGUGACGUCAAGCCAACUUUUCAGCAGAUGACCUUCAUGCCGGAUGGCUACGUGGACUUCCCUGAGCUAGGGCAAUCUUUUCAGUUGCCGCAAGGGCAGGAGCACGUCAUGCGGACGCAGCUGCAAGAGCUGGCUUGCAAGGCCCACUUGGGAGUGAGGUUGCCAGGUCGAAGCGAUCGGCUGGUGCGAUUCCACUUGGGCCCCCAGCACCUGCAGUACACAGUCGAUGGAUCCUGGCGUGCUCCUAUCCAACAGAUUCGAUUUUCCGAAGAUGGCUUGAUGGCUUUCCCGCAGCUGGAAAAGACGGUCAGAGUGCCUGAGGAAGAUGCAGAUGCUGUGAGGAUCGUGCUGCAAGAGCUGGCGAAUCUCGCCGGCCUCGGAGCCUGCUUCGAGGAGCCACGAACCAGAAGCUCCAUCCGGGUGUCCAUUGCAGGGGACGGCCUCUUACAGUAUUCCAUGAACGGAUCCUGGAGACCUUGUUUUCGGGAGAUGCGCUUCCGCGAGGCAUCUUAG